AUGUAAUAAUCUAGUUUUUAUAUUCUUCAUUUUAAUGAUGUCUACGACAUUGAAGAGUAAUUACAUGAACCAAAAGGAGGAGCAGCCAGAUUUUUAUAUGUUAUGAAUUAACUUAAAUAAAAUUUGCCAAACUCCUUAACCUUAUUUUCUGGAGAUGUCUUUAGUCCAUCCAGUUUGACUCAUAUUUAUCAUGGUACUAUAAAUUCAACUCAAAUAGGUUCCCAUAUAAUAUACCCACUCUAACAAUUUAACAUUGAUGUAGCUUGUCUUGGCAACCAUGACUUUGAUUUUCCAUUGGAUCAAUUAGAAGAUUUACUCGAACAAUCAAACACACCAUGGAUAUUGAGUAAUGUUUAUGAUAAAAUAACUCAAAAGCCCCUAGCAAAUGUACUUCCAUAUAAAAUAUAAUCAAUUGGAAAUUUUAAUAUUGGAUUCAUCGGAUUAGCUGAAGAAGAAUGGUUAGGUUUGAUAACUGACAUUCCUGCAGCUCAAAUAGAAUAUAGAAACUUUAUUGAUGCUGCUAAUGAGCUUUGCAAAUAUCUUAGGAAUGAUCUUCAAUGCAAUUUCAUUAUUGCCUUAACACAUAUGAGAAUUCCUAAUGAUUAAAUUUUAAUUAAUGCUCUAGACGAGGGAUUAAUAGAUUUAGUUUUGGGAGGACAUGAUCACCUAUGGCAUCAUGAGUAAAUAAAACAGACAUUUUAUUGUAAAAGUGGAACCAACUUCAGGAAUUUAGGAUUAAUUAAAGUUUCUCCAAAAAAUAAUGAUGAUUUAUUUCAGCCACAAACAUUAAAUUUAUAAUUUGAAGUUCCCCAGCCUAUACAAUAUUAAUUAAAAGAAUAUAACAUUAGUUAUUAUCCAAUUAAUAUUUAUGGUAAAAUUCCAGUUGACCCAAUUAUGGAUGAAUUUGUACAAUAAAAAAUUAAAGUUUACAAUGAAAAAACUUAAAAAAUAAUUGGAUUUAUAGAAAAUGAUCUUGAAGCAAGAUUUGUUAUAGUAAGAAGUGAAGAGACAACAACAGCUAAUUUAUUUUCAGACAUAAUUAGAUUAGAAUUUUAGACUGACAUAGCUUUGAUAAAUUGUGGUACUAUUAGAGCAGAUGAGUAUUUUUAAUCUGGCCCUAUCACAUAUCAGACUCUAGACAAACUAUUUGCCAUUCCAGAUAAUCUUGUAAGCUUUAAAAUCUCAGGAGAAAAACUAUUACAUUUACUAGAGAUUAGCGUAUCUAAACUUCCUUCAACUGAUGGAAGAUUUUUAGGAGUUUCAGGAAUGAAAUUUGAAUACUCACUUUAAAAAAAUCCAAUGAAUAGGAUUUCUGCUGUAACAAUUAAUAAUGAACCCUUGGAUUUAUAAAAAAUAUAUACCUGUGCCACAAAAUAAUUUAUAGCUGAAGGAGGUGAUGGAUAUCCAAUGUAAACUGAAUUCUUACUUGAUAAAACAUUAGGAAUUUAAAUAAAAUCUGUCUUUGUUUAGUUUUUUGAAGGAAUCAGGAAAUUAAAAAUAAAGUUUAAUACUCUGGAAGAUUUAGAAUAAACUAAAUAUAAAAGAUAUAUGUCAAUAAUAUCAGGACUAAAAGAAUAUUAAGGUGAUAUAUAUAUAACAGUGAAUCCAUAAAUUGAAGGUAGAAUUAAAGUAUUUAAUUGA